GCCGCACAUUACUUGACGCCUUUUCCGCGAACAUUAAACGCUUCUUACUUCCUGUAUGAACUUCUGGGCGUUUGUAACAAAUGUCUUGUUGUCUAAUGGGUGGUUGUCAGUUGUUUAUAUUUGUCUCAUAUACUGUGGGCGCACUCUUCAUCUGUCUGUACUGCGGAAAUGUGAGCUCGAGCGAAGCUCGCAUCAAAUUAAAUGACUCUUCAGCUGACUUCGAGACGUUCACAAAAAAGUUUAACCGUAUGUAUGAAGUCGACGGCGAAGAAUUUAACCGUCGUCAUCUGUAUUUUCAGAAUGCUGCAAUGCGGCAUAUAUACCUGAACUCAUUUCCCACUGAGCCACAGUCUGCCAAGUAUGGCAUCAACCAGUUCUCUGACCUCUCACAGAACGAAUUCAGGGACCUUUACCUGCGAGCGAUCAGCAACAGAGCCCCUGUUUUCUCUGGACUAAGUAUAGAAGGGCUUCCGGCCAAAUUUGACUGGAGGGACAAAGCAGUGGUGGCACCGGUCCAGAACCAACUAGCAUGUGGGAGUUGCUGGGCAUUUAGCGUGGUCGGUGCCAUACAGUCAGUCUGUGCUAUCAAAGGCUCCCAGCUGGAGCAGCUCAGUGUGCAGCAGGUUCUGGACUGCUCCUUCAGAAAUGAGGGCUGCAAUGGAGGCUCCCCAGCUCAGGCUCUGACAUGGUUAAAACAGACCAGAGUGAAGCUGGUGGCUCAGUCAGAGUAUCCAUACAAGGCCAAGACGGGAAUCUGCCAUUUCUUUUCCCAGUCACAUGACGGUGUUGCCUUGAAGAACUUUACUGUGCAUAACUUCAGUGGUCAAGAGGAGGCAAUGAUGGGUCAGCUAGUGGAGCAUGGUCCUUUGGUUGCUAUUGUGGAUGCUGUCAGCUGGCAGGAUUACCUGGGAGGCAUCAUCCAGCACCACUGCUCCAGCCAAUGGUCUAACCACGCUGUUCUAGUUGUUGGAUAUGACACUACUGGUGAAAUUCCAUACUGGAUUGUGCAAAAUUCCUGGGGAACUUCAUGGGGGAAUGAGGGCUAUGUUUAUUUAAAAAUUGGUGGCAAUAUGUGUGGUAUCGCAGAUUCUGUGGCUGCUGUUUUUCUUUGACAAAAGCUUGUAAAUUGUAACCUAAGUCAUUGUAUGGGCUUGUGUGAUGUAUUGUAUGUGGGUGUUUACAAGUGCCAAAUUGAAAUCAGUCAUCCACUUUCUUUGAGUGUCACUUUGGAUAAUGAUUUUAUUGAAAUGUUACUAUCUUUUAUCACUAAAGCAAAAUAAAUCACUUCAUAUGUUUGCAAAUGUUAGAUUAUAACAGAGCAACAGAACACUUACUGUACAAAAUAUGUCUUAUUAAAUACAUAAAAUAGAUAAAUGUUAUAAUAAUAAGACAAUUAUAACCACAAGACUCGUGAAUUCCUCUAUACAAAAAAUCACCUUAAUUACUACAUAAAUAUAUACAAAAUUAAUUCAGCAUCAUAUAGAAUACUAUACAAAAUAUAUCCAUAACAGCUACGUCCCUGGUAUUAUGUACACAUUUUAUUUUUUAUAUUAUCAUAUUGAUGUGCAAAUAGUUCAGUUUAGGUUGUUCAUGUUUCAUAUUAUCUACACUUUCUUCCACUUAAGCCUCAUGUCAGUUGUCCAAAAUGGACCCCUUUGACUUCUUGACACAUAUAUGUUGCAUUUUAUGUAAAAACCCACCAGCAUUGUCCCAGCACGUAAAGUUUGAUCACUUCUCCCACUGAUUUGUUUGCCUCCAGGUCAGUCAGU